ACAGACAAGUUAGUAUAGCAGACAUACUUCGCUUGCUAAGACGUCCGCUAGAUUCAAAAUUAUCUUGUGAUAAAAUAUCCACGAAACUAAUCAACAUGUUGAACAAUUUAUUGUUUCUCUUAACAUUAGGGAUAUGUUGGACCUGCGUUGAAUUACAGACAGAAACGGAAACAAAAACGGAACUCGCAGUAGUUGAUUAUGAAUAUGUGAAAAGAGCCACUAGUGAUAACAGUAUACUUAUCGUUGAUGUAAGAGAACCCAGUGAGGUCGAAGAACUUGGAAAGAUACCGAACAGCAUUAAUAUACCAUUGAUGACAGUCUCAAAUGCUCUUGGUACCGUAUCCGAUGAAGAGUUCCUAAAACUGUACGGUAGACAGAAACCAUCUAAAGACGCGGAAAUUAUAUUCUACUGCAGGACAGGAAAAAGAGCAGCGCAAGCACAACAAUUUGCUGUUGACCUUGGAUAUACUAACACGAAGAAUUACCGCGGAAGCUGGAGAGACUGGACCAAGCACACGCAGAACCACAGCUCGUAGUAAUAUGUACUUACAGAGAAUUAUGUACCUGUUUGCUUCUAACUAACUUCUUCUAUUUCUACCCAGGUACAGAGAUAGAGAAUCCCUUUGCUUAUACUUACUGAUUCUGAUUGUACUUAUUUAAUCAACUUCAUAGUGUCAAUAAAUAGAAGUUCAACAACUA